AAAUUAUAGAUAAAUCGAUUCAGUGCCAGUGACUAGAUCGAUCGAUUGAUCCCCUGUUCCACCAUAUGAGUGAUGAGUUUGACCGUGUGUCAGCUGCGUCAGUUCGCCUGACUUAAUUUUGAGUAGAAGGGGUUCGCAGUAAGAUCAGCUUACCACCAAUUAGCUGUGGCAGAACAAAUAGCAGAGAAGGGGAGGGUGGCUAUGGCUAUAGGAGACAGGCUGGUGAUGAAUGGAGACCAGAAGGGGGAGUUGACAGUAAGAUCAGCCUAUCACCACUUAGCUGCGGGUGUGAUUCAGAGGACCAUAUACCAGUAAAUUAACUAGGUGAUGAGCACGUGACUGUUUUUUUCUUAAAUCUUUUGUAAGAACUGAAAACAAGGCAUGGCUAUGCAUAAUUUAGACAAUGUCUAUGGGAAAAUUUAUACCUCUCUAGGCUUCUCAGUACAUUCUGCAUUGAUUUAAUUUACUUCUUUUUUUCAGUUUUUGUGUUGGUUUUCCUCCUGGAGUUGAUAUGACACAAAGUAAACUACAUGUGGUUGAAUGCAAUGAUGAAUACAUGACUGAGGAACAUGUUGAACAUGAGAAUGUGGUUGAAUGCAAUGAUGAAUACAUGACUGAGGAACAUGUUGAACAUGAGAAUGCCAUGUUCAAAGAUGUUGAGUCAUCUCAUGUUCAACCAUCAUCUUGUAAUGUUGAAGAAGGCUUGGAUGAUAGCGAUGAUGAAGAGGACCAGGACGACACUGCUACUAAUGAACAAGAUGAAAAUGGAGAAACAACCAAGCGUGGGAGGACAAGGCUAAAAGAAACAUGGAAUCUUCCAAAAGGGCAGAGGAUUGUGGUCCAGUGCAAUGAACUAAACCAGCCAGUUGGAAAAGAAGUUGCACGUCUUGGGAAUUUUCUUGGCACGGUUGCUAGGAAUGGAAAAUUGUGUAGUUUGAGCUACAAGGACUGGAGAAAAAUAAUAGGAGAGAGAGAAAAAAGACAAAUGAACAAAGAAACAAAAGGGAUAUACUAGCGCAAGUAAAGGUAU